UUUGUGGAAUGCUAAUAAACCAUUAUUAUUAUUAUCAAGAUUGAAAUACAGUAUGUAUUACAGUACGAAAAACUAUUGAGAAGAAAUGAAACGAAGAUUUAGCUCCAGUGCGGGUUCCACCACUAUAAUAACAAGUCCUACUGAUGGGCAUACAAGUGCUGAGAGUGACAGUGGACAGCAUACCCUUCGCUUGAGCAAACGGUUGAAGCAACCAACUUUGAGUGAAGCACGAAAACUAUCAAAAGACCUUUCGGACAGUCGUUCAACACGAGAAGUAUUGAGCAUUUUAUUAAAGUUUUGGAAGCAGUUACCUCUGGAGUCUGUGGAGGAAACUGAAUUUGCUGCAAAAGUUAUUGUGGAGAGAGCUAACAAAGAAGAAGAUGUUGCAAACAAAGUCAAACUUUUCUCUAUCUUGGGCGUGUUAUUGAGGUACCCUGGUGUAAACCUACGAUAUAUUGUAGAAGAAGCCAUCAGGUGUAUCACCAAAGAAGAAUCGCACAAUGUUGUAACUGAAAUACUUAGUACUCUUGGAAUUGUUGGGAAAUUCCUGCCGUCAGAGGUUGAACUCCAUGCAAGGAUUAUUGAUCUCGCUAAAGAGCAUUUACAAAACUCAAACCAUCUAGUAAGGUGUCGUUGCCUAAGCAUUAUUGCAACAAUGGACACUGAACAAAAUCUAAGUGAUGGCAACAAACAAAUCCAAUCUCUUGGGACUCUUCAACAAUUCACAUCAGAUCAAGAUCCCCGUGUCAGGACAGCUGCAUUGGAGGCCUUAUUAAUUCUUCAUGAACGAAAUAUCAAGCUUGCUCCAGAUGUGUAUGGAAGUGCUUGCGAAGCCUUACAUGAUGACUAUGAAGAAGUUCGUCUGAAAGCGGUGAAACUACUGUGGGUUAUUAGUCAGCUGUAUCCUGAGCGUCCAAUAUUGUCAACAUCGACAGACGAAAGAAGAUGUAUAGACGAUGCGUUUGUCAGAAUCUGUCAGAUGGUUAAUGAUCUUUCGAUGAAAGUGAGAGCUCAGGCUGCAGGAUUAUUGGGUUCUUUGCAUCUCGUCAGUCCCCGAUAUUUACAACAAACCUUGGACAAGAAAGUCAUGUCCCAUCUAAAGAGAAAGAAAACAGAUCACGAGCAGCAACGAGAACUCCACGCUGCAGGAUUGAAAGGAAGUGCGAAAUGGGCGACGAGAACGACGAAUCAUGUUCCUUCAUCUGAAUUAAAUCCUGAAGAAGUUUCCUUAAUCGACAGUGGAGCAUGUGGCGCUUUCGUUUAUGGUCUCGAAGAUGAACUCCUGGAGGUUCGCUCGGCCGCGGUAGACUCCCUGUGCGAGCUUGCUGACCAACACCCCGACUUCGCACGACUAUCUCUUGACUUUCUUGUCGACAUGUUUAACGAUGAGAUCGAAAGCGUGCGUUUGAAUGCUAUCCACAGCCUGGGAAAGAUCAGUCGACAUGUGAUCUUGCGGGAAGAUCAACUGGAGACAAUUUUAGGCGUGUUGGAGGAUUUCUCUGGAGAGAUCAGAGAUGCCGUACGUGAACUACUGAGCCAUUGCCAACUGUCAACCCGUGCUUGCCUACACGCUGCUAUUUAUGCCUUGCUUGGGAAUUUGACAAAAUAUCCCCAGGAUAAAAAAUCAAUAUGGAAUUGUCUGAAACACUUGGGAAAUCAACAUCAGAACCUCGCGGUUGCACUCGUUCCAGAACUGUUAUCAACCCAUCCGUUCUUCGCCACUUCCGAACCAGAUGUAGAUGAUCCUGCGUAUGUAGGAAUGGUCGUGAUCGUACUUAAUGCUGCACUAAACAGUCCUACGAUUGUGCCUAUCCUUCCCUCUCACACACGAAGACAUUAUCCAUACCUGCGCGAUCAAUACCCGGAGUUACUGCCAGAGAUUUCGUUAGACGACACGUUAAAGCACACGUGGGCUGCACGUGAAUAUGCUUAUCCAGUCGGACAGCACGUUGGUACGUUCACCUAUUUUCCUACUUCGGAUUCAAAGCUUCCUGAUACAUUCUUGGCCAAGACAUUAUCAAUAGCGGUUAAAGCUUUAUCAAACUCAGAUAAAAAUUUGCAGAAGGCUAGUCUGCGGAAUGUGGCUAACGAUCUGGAACAUCUCGCGAAGGUUAAGUCAAGAUUCUCAGCGACUGCAAACUGUGCCCUACUGUACCUCAAGACUCAAAUCUGCAUACUUGACGUUCAGACUGACCAGUUUUGGGACAGUCCGUCGAUAUUGUGUUGUAAUUGCGGCAGUCUAACUCCGGAGCUGGUAGAAGAGCUUGUUGUGCUGUCUUACAAAAUGGACACAUUGUUCGUUGGCUUGGACUCGGAACAACGUGAAAUGAUCAGGGAAAUUAGGCUAGUAGCUCACAGCCUGCUCAUCAUCUACCUCCAUAGGAACAGCUCUAAAGCACUCCAGAGUAACAGCGUUGCAGUCAGUGUUUGGGAGCAACUUCUCGCAAGAAUACGAUCUCAAAAUAAAUUGCAUUGCCCCAGCGAGCGGAAUCAAGAGUCUUUCAUUCGAACACUCAGCCUAUUUCAAGAGUUUGUCGAGUGCAAUAUAACCAAGCCAUCCGUAAUCGUCGACCAUCUGCAAUCUCUUGUUGGCAGUUACCAGCUGCGCCCACUUGUGCUGGAGAAUCAACUGCGUCGAGCUAGUGCGGUGAUGAACGAGCCUCAAGGAGGAUGUGACAAUCCUAUCCGUUUCACCGCCGGGUUAACGCUUGGCGUUGACGUGGAUGCGGAUAUCACGAACGUUGUGUGUACAUCACAAGUAUUUAUACAGGUCGUUUUCCCUGAUUUUACGAGACAAUUAUUCAAACCAAAACCAGCAGAUUUCCGUCAUUUAUCAAAGAUGAAACAUCGCCUUAUCACAAAAGUGAUAUUUUCUCAUUCAGCAUGGUCAGAUCCUUGCUACGUUGAUGUGUCACUGGUGCUAAAAUGUGCACAAGACAUCAACGAACAAGAAGUAGCGGACUUCAUUACGUCCGUUUUGUCAUCUACGUCAGCUGAAAAAAGCGAUGCGAAAAUUGUCAAACAAGUUAAGAAUAGUGCAGACAAUUUGCAAGAUGGUUAUGUCGAGUUAUGUUCACCUGUACAGAUAUAUGUUUUGCCAAAGUCUUCUGGUCACUAAGCAGCCCCGUACUUUUUGUA